AUGGCUACCCAACUCCCAGAAAUGGAGAACGAGAUCUCCUCCACCACCCUCAAAGGCCCCGAUCUGAGGUUCCGACGCACUACGUUCUUCAAAGCCAGCCUCCACGAACUCACUAUCACCACCUCAACCCUCACCUCCUGCAUCCUAACCAACAGUACGAUCUCAAGCUCCACCAUCAAGGACUGUACCAUCUCCAACUGCAACAUCGCAAACUCCACGCUGGUCGACUGCAAGCUCACCAAUUGCAACCUGCAAGAAAGCCCCUUCGUCAAAUCCAAGUUGUCAGGAUGCCAGGUUACGACUUCAUCUUUGACAUUGAGGAAAUUUCCGUUUGAGCUGAGAGGCAUGAUAUUCAAGGAUUGUCUGAAGAUUGAGGGUGGGAAGAGUCCACAGUUGAUCGUUGCGUUGAGAGGCGACAAGGAACUUUAUGAGCAGGCAUUGGAGGUUUACUACAAGGUGAACUACCUCACCCUGCCGAACGAUAACCAAAUCGAAUAUCUUGAGAGAAUAUCUGCAAAAGCUCUCUCUAGGGUGAGCAUGCUUAGAGUUAACACGCCUCCCGAAUACGAAGCAAUUAAACUCCUGUCAAAAAAGUCCUCCGUUCGAACAGCUCUCGUGGUUAAAUGUGAACAUUUUCGUUCUCUGUGGACGGUCAGUCGCCUUAUCGUAUUCUUGGGAACCAUAACGAAGCUUGUUCUAGAACUUGACACAAGCUGGCUGGGAGAGUAUUACCGGGAUGAAUGGCACACAAGACUUGGCGUUAAAGGGAAUCCCAUCGAUGGUGAGAUAGAUGGUUUACGCAAUCUUUGGUGCUGGCAGGCCGAGGAAGGGAAAAUCCUUGAACUGCACCUGAUAGUUUUUGGUUGGCUAUCGCCAAAGAUUCAAGCACUGGCAUGA